ACCACUGUGCAUCUUCAGUCGUCAUACUGUAUCAGACUAUUGCCAAGAAUCUCAGUUUUCACCAUUUGCAACGUGCCUGAGCGCCGCGUAGUGUCCUUUGUGGCGACAGGACCCAACCCGUUGCCACGGCCAACACAAACUCAUGGGCAACGUACAGUCCGGCUCGACACUCACGCGCACUGGUGGUGCGCUUGACUCGUUCGUGUCAGAGCUGGGAGGAGAUAUCGUAUAUGAGAAGAGCAUAGGUCAUUGUCGCUUCCUCAAGACGGUCAAAUGCCGACACCGAAACGGAUAUCUUGUCAUCAAGAUAUUCAUCAAACAUGAUCCUGGAAUAAGCCUUCGCACUUACGUUCGAAAGCAGAAAGUCGACAGGGAGGCUCUGCUGGACAUCCCAAACGUAUACAGCUAUCAGGCUUUCGUCGAAACCGAAAAAGCUGGCUAUCUUAUUCGACAGUGGAUUACUAGCAACCUAUACGACCGUAUAAGCACACGUCCGUUCCUGUCCAUAGUCGAGAAGAAAUGGAUCGUGUUCCAGUUACUGAGUGCUCUCUCACUCUCGCAUCUCCAGAAGACGCCGCACGGGGACAUCAAGUCCACCAAUGUCCUUGUCACAUCGUCGAACUGGCGAUUCUAUAAGACGAAUGCGAAUGUGGAGGCGGAUAAGGAAGCCGUCACAGAGGCCAUGGAUAUAUUCAGCGCGGGAUGUGUCAUAGCAGAAAUGUUCCUCGAAGGCGCACCUUUGUUUAAUCUGAGCCAACUAUUCAAGUACCGCGAAGGAGAGUAUAACGUGGAUGGGCAACUUGCCGCAAUAGAAGACGAGGGCAUUCGAUCUAUGAUCAAGCAGAUGAUCUCUCUUGAUCCUGCAACACGACAAACCUUCGAGUCAAUAUUGACUAGUUCGCGAGGUAACAUCUUACCUGAGUGCUUUUAUUCGUUCUUGCACGAUUACAUCUCAUCGAUCGGGGAACGACCACUUGUACUUCCUCACUCUUCUUCUCCUCCUCCACCCCACAGCUUCGCUGGAAACCCAGCCCAAAUACUCCCUACAACCAAUGCUAUGAAACCUGGAAAGGAGCCAGUGGCCGGUGCUAUUAGUGUUGCCGAAGCCUUACCGAGUGACAGCGACUAUAGAAUCGCACGAAUAUGGGAAGACUAUGCAAACAUCGAACCCUUCCUUGCCGAGAGCGACGCCGAGCGGACUGUCAUGGACGUUCGAGUAGAUUUUCAAGCGACAACUCCUGCGACAUCUAAUACCCAUCAGGAAAUAUUCCCCGUUACUUUAUAUAUACCCUCCCACAGUCCCGCUUCCAGUCGAACUCCGGCGGAAGACGGGCCGGCAUUGAUCCUUUUGUCAUUGCUGCUGGCAAAUAUUCGGAACUGUUCCUUACCUUCUUCGCGUCUGCGUGCCCUUGACGUGCUUUUAGCGCUCUCGUCGCACCUGACAGAUGAAUCCAAGCUGGAUCGGGCUGUCCCGUACAUUGUCGAGCUGCUACGGGAUGAAGGAGCUAUUGUGAGAGCCGCCGCAAUGCGGACGCUCAUGCAGAUAUUAAUGAAGGUAUCUGUCAUCACACCCUCAAACGCCUCCAUUUUCCCGGAAUACAUCAUUCCAAAUAUUCGCUACCUUGUGCAAGAUCCAGAAGUAUUCGUCCGCGCUACAUAUGCCCAGUGCAUAUCUCCCCUUGCGGAGACUGCGUUACGAUACCUGGAAAUGGGUCAGGCGCUCAAAGCUCAUGGCGUCACACCGGGUUUUGAUAAUGAGCGUCGGGAAUACGAUGAAAUGCACUUCGAGGUAUUUCUCUCUAUCAAAUUCGUCGGGGCGCGACAUCUGAUCAGACCCAUCAGGUAUCCUACGACACGUCGCUAUACGACCUUACAUCUCGCUAUCCAAGAACACUUAUCCGCUCUACUCAUGGACCCCUCUCCCGUCGUCAAGCGUGCAGUAUUGCAUAAUAUAAGCUCGCUUUGUAUCUUUCUCGGGCGGCAGAAGACAAACGACGUUGUGCUCAGCCACAUGAUCACAUACUUGAACGACCGAGACUGGUCCCUCAGACACGCCUUUUUCGAGAGUAUCGUAGAUGUCGCUGCGUGUGCCGGUGGGAAGAGUUUGGAAGAAUACAUCCUGCCAUUGAUGGUGCAAGCUUUGUCUGGUAGGUCUGCUUUUUCUUUGCGAAAUGGAAGGUUGCGUUUAUCUCCGUCGAAGAUGUUGAGGAAAGCGUUCGUUGCUCGCGUGUUGUCCGCUCUCACAAGCCUGUGCGAGCUUGGGUUGUUUCAGAAAAUGCGGAUAUGGGAACUAUUGAGUGCAACGCUUUCGUUCUUUUAUCAUCCCAACGUUUGGGUGCGCCAAGGCGCGGCUGCAUUCGUAGCGUCGGCUGCGAAGCACCUUCAACCAAGUGACGUUUGGUGCAUAUUGUAUCCAUCGCUUCGUCACCUGCUCCGGUCAGACGUUCGCGAUAUCGAUGAACAGAGUCUCUUAGCGACGAUGAAACCUCCUCUUCCACGCGCUGUUUUCGAUGGUGCCGUGCAGUGGGCUAUGACUGUGGAGCGAACCACAUUUUGGAGGGGUAACAGAAAACCUGCUGCUGCGAAAGUGGAGUCUGCGAAGGACAGCAUCAUGUCUAUGCGGAAAGGGGGUAGCACAAUCAUCGCGCCACGGAAAUGGACGGAAGAGGACGAGACACAGUUGCAGAAACUCCGGAAUUUGGGGAUGACGCCAGCCGACGAGGCGAAACUACAGGCCAUGCGAGACUGUAUUUUGAAAGUGGCCACCAAUGCUUCGAGUUUUGCGUCUCGACCGCGGACAGAGCCUGAACACGAGAAGAUCAUGCACUCGACAAGCAUUGUUGAAUUCCAAAAGUUGUCGGUUGUGCCAAAGACAAUUUUCCUGAAAUCACGUACGACAGGUUCAGAGAAUGUACGUUCACAAUUCACAUCUCGUCGGUCGACGGAUCUGCUCGCUCGGCUGUCUACGCCACGCACAAGUCUAGGUGGCGGGAACGACUCUGGUCCGGCCGCGUACGAAGAGCUACGUAGGAAGUUGGCUGGCAUCAACCAAUCUGCAGUUUCCCUCAAUCUAAACGUCGUUUCCCCUUCUACCACCACCCCUUCAGCGAAUCCUCAACCUACUUCUCUCGCCCCACCUAACCCCUCAGCUGGCCACGACCGACCUAGUAGUCCGACUGACUCUGUCGUCUCGACUACGAACUCGUUGACGUUGCGCUCACCGGUACGUUUACAAAUAGGAAGUACGGACGGGCAGAAAGCCGCCCCCGCCGUUGGAUCGUCAAAUACAAAUGCCAUUGGCGUUUUUGAAGCGCCUCGCAUGCGUUCCGACGUUUCUCCCGAAGUAUCCGGGAGGACAACCCCUGUCUCUGCGGCCGGGAUUACGAGGCAAGGCCAUAGGCGACGAGUCUCAUCAUUAAAUCCCAUAUCUACAUAUGAGGGACGCGAACCUGGCAUCAACAACCUGCUCGAGGACCUCUACUCGGACAAUAACCGCGAACUCCAGAACGAUUUCGGUCCAAAGGUCCACGAGGGUCCUGUCCGUCGUCGCGGUGCUACUCGGCAGAGCUUUAUUUCGCGCGACAGCAGUGGUCGACGAAUCGAGGCUGCCUUGAUCGCGCAUCUGCAGUCUCAUUCUGACUGUGUGACGGGUUUGGCAGUCUCUCCCGAUCAUGCGUUCUUCGUCUCGUGCUCGGAUGAUACGACAGUGAAGAUUUGGGACACGGCCAGGCUCGAACGGAACGUGACAAGUAAACCGCGACAUACGUACACACAGCAUCAUGCCAAAGUUAAGAGUGUGUGCAUGCUGGAAGGCGUACACUGCUUCGCCAGCGCUGCAGAAGACGGGAGCCUACAUGUUGUACGGGUGCACGUUAACCAAUCAGGGUCGCUCCCCAAGUAUGGCAAGGUCCAAGCUAUUCGCGAACAUCGCAUGAACAUUACCGGCGAAUACAUUACCUGCAUGCAGCAUUACAACACAGAGUCGGCAUCUAGUCUUGUGUACGCUACCACGCAUUCAACUAUUACCACAUUGGACUUGCGGACGAUGCAGGUUCUGCAGCAGCUCGAGAAUCCACGACAUUUUGGCUCUAUCACGUGCAUGUGUCUGGAUCGGAAGCGAACAUGGCUUCUUGUGGGCACGUUCUCGGGAGUACUUUCAUUGUGGGACAAGCGCUUCGGGUUACUUCUCAAGAGUUGGCGGGUUGGUAAAUCUGUUCCUGGAAGAAUGUCUAGAGUGCAUCAGUGUGUUGUGCAUCCCACGAGGGGAAAUGGGCGCUGGGUCAUGGUUGCGGUAGAAUCAUGGAAAGGACCCUCAGAACCUGGCCCGGCAACCCUAAUCGAAGUCUGGGACAUCGAGAAGACAACGCUUGUGGAAAGCUAUGUCACUCGGACGACGACAUCUGUAUCAGAGCCAUUCCCGGAGCCUGAGCCCGAGGCAGGUGUUGAAGCCGAGCCCACCGCAGCCGCUGCUAUAGCUGCACUAGUCAAUUCAAGGUAUCCUGGAGGGACAGCGUACGUGAACAUGCCCAAUCGGAGUCGAGGGUCGUCGCAAAGCGGGCAACGCGAAGACUCGCUUCCAGCGCCAUCACCUGACAUCCGCACGAUGGCUGUCGGACUGGACUUUGGAGGCCAUUCGGGGGUCCAUAGGUCAGAUAUCAUUGACCUGUCCGCCGAUGUUCCGGUUUCGAACCGCAGUAGGGGAUUCAUGGUAAGCGGUUCGGAGGACCGCCGAAUUCGUCUAUGGGAUUUGAGCAAGUUGGAGCGUACGACCGUGCUUGUUAGCCCCGAAGGCGAGCAAGAAAAGCCGACUUAUAGUACCGUUCGGUCGUCGGACGAGACGGUGACAGCCAAUGUCGAGACAUGGGUGCACUCUCCGACUUCAUCGAGUCAGAAUAACCGGGCAGCUCAGCGCAUGUCGACGAUCGCACACAACCAGCAGAACCUCUUGAGAGCCCACCAUGACAUUAUUACUGCGUUGGCUUGUAUAGAUUCGCCAUUUAGAGGGGGUAUUGUGAGCGGUGACAGAACCGGUGUCAUCAAAGUAUGGAGAGUGGGUCCUAGUGACUAGAGCGCGGGUCUACAGAGAUUUAUCCAUGUCAUUUACGUUUAGUAUACGGUGAUUAUAUGUUGUUGAGGU